AGGGCAACGAGCCUGUCGCAACUUUUUGUUGCUACUUUGAACUCCCCUGUGUGGAUGUAGCCCGCGCGCGUCUCCCAGCGUCCCAGCGUAUCAUUGGGACUAUCUCCGAACUCGCGGCUCUGUAAUUUGCUCCUCUGCAUGCUCCAAAACCAUACAGUGAAAAAGUGCCAUCUUUCUUGACAGUUUGGAAAUGGACGAGGACAACAACGUCUUGCCUGAGCUGAAGGAGAUAGAGACAAAAUUGGGGAGAAAAGUCCCGGAGAGUCUCAUUCGUUCUCUUGUUGGGGGGAAACACCACGACGAGCACGAGAAGUCUGCCACGCCGCAUUUAGUCAACUGCAAAGUAUUAAAUUGUAAUAAUAAUUCUGCGGACUUGAAAAGGCUGGAGAGCAAAAUGCUGUUCCUGAAGCAAGAAAUGGCACACCUGCGAGCCAUCGACGUGAAGCUGAUGCAGCAGCUUAUGUCAAUCAACGAGGGCAUCGAGGCCAUCCGUUGGAUGACUGAAGACAAAGGAGGCGUGGCCAGCCAAGAGGGCAGCCUGACAGGCAGCUUGUACAGCCUGUCGGACAGCCAGGACGGCAACUCACUGCGAGGCAGCUUCAGCAGCUUGAAUGAUGGGAACAGUGACGGACUAGACGGUCUGUCAGUGGGCAGCUACUUGGACACUCUAGCAGAGGACCUCUCGGAUGACCCUUCACCUACGGAUCUUGACUGUUUUGCGGAUAAAACGGUCAUUGAUGGUGAUGCUUUCAGCAAAUCGCCACUGAAACUCAGGGUGGAAUCAGAUGAAUACUACUGCUUUGGAUAAUGAAAAGCGAAUCACGGUGGUUACAGAGACUACUGAGAUAUUUCGUGAAGAAAGAUGUAAAAAUUAACACUGACAAAUCAACAGAGCUGUCAGCUAAUCUUUCACACACGCUUCACAUGGUCCUCCUUGUAGCCACACCCAAGAUGUGUGUGACUUCCUUUUUAGCUUGAAUCCAGCCUCUUUACAUAGUGGAUUGAACACACCUCAUCAAACCAUUGCCACUUCAAACAUCUUAACAAUUCUUUAUGUCUUAAUAUUUUAUCAUGCAGGUCAGUUCAAUGGAAAAAGUGUUCUGUGUUAUGAUUAAAUAUUAUAUUUAUUGUGGAGUUAUCCAGUACCUCAGCAGUUUUUAGCAGUACUUCCUAGCCUAAAAGUACUGAAGAAAGGGAAAAUAAAACCACAAUCAUCUGAUUUAAGUAAAGGCGUAGAUUAGGAUGGUAGCAGCUAUUUGGAAAAUUGGACUGUGUUUCAAGAGGGUGUGCUGUUUUUAAAGUGGUAAGUUUAAGUGUUACAGCAAGUGCAAUUACUCCCAUGCCAAAUUCUGAGCACUGCCUACUGUAAACAUUAAGCUUUUAAUUAUUUUUACUUACAUGCUUUGACCGAUGGAAGUUCCUAAGCUAAACCCCACUCAGCCAUUUUUUUAAUUCACAUGUAUACGAGAUUAGUAACACAUUCAAUGCUCAGAUGCUUGACUGAAAACCAAAGCAAUUUUGAUUGUCUUAUAGAUCAUUUAGACCCGAGGCAGAACCCUGUUAACUCCAGAUGGGCGAUGUGAUGGUGAUGGACAUAUGUGAAACACAUGUAUUUUAAAUGCCUGUUGUCAAAAAGAGGGGAAAAAAAACGAGAGCUUUACAUUGAUUUGUUGUUUUAGCUUUAAACGUUUGAUGCUGGUUUGUUUGACAUUUGUAUUUUAUGCUGCCUGCUUUUAAAAAUGUUUUUUUAUCGAUUGCAGCUAAUUUUCUUGUGGAAAGAAAUAAUAUAUUGUGAUUUUCUUCUGGCUCA